UAAAGACAGCACUUGGCCAUCCGCGUGCCAUUUGUUGUUGAGUCUAGGAGCCAACAAGAAUCAAACGUGCGAUUUUAUUUUCAUCAACUCCUUUCGUUGGCCUAAAAGAUAAACAACUGUCAAAAUGUGUGACGAUGAUGCGGGUGCAUUAGUUAUCGACAACGGUUCGGGCAUGUGCAAAGCCGGCUUCGCUGGUGAUGACGCCCCCCGUGCUGUAUUCCCCUCGAUUGUGGGUCGUCCACGCCACCAGGGUGUGAUGGUGGGUAUGGGUCAGAAGGAUUCGUACGUCGGUGAUGAGGCUCAGAGCAAACGUGGUAUCCUGACGUUGAAAUAUCCCAUUGAGCACGGCAUUAUCACCAACUGGGAUGACAUGGAGAAGAUCUGGCAUCAUACCUUCUACAAUGAGUUGCGUGUGGCCCCCGAGGAGCAUCCAGUAUUAUUGACAGAGGCCCCACUCAACCCCAAGGCCAAUCGCGAGAAGAUGACUCAGAUUAUGUUCGAGACCUUCAACUCGCCAGCCAUGUACGUUGCCAUUCAGGCUGUGCUGUCCCUGUACGCUUCCGGCCGUACCACUGGUAUUGUGUUGGACUCCGGUGAUGGUGUCUCCCACACUGUGCCCAUCUAUGAGGGUUUCGCUCUGCCCCAUGCCAUCCUGCGUCUGGACUUGGCCGGUCGCGACUUGACCGAUUAUCUGAUGAAGAUCCUGACUGAGCGUGGCUACUCUUUCACCACCACCGCUGAGCGUGAAAUCGUGCGUGACAUCAAGGAGAAGUUGUGCUAUGUGGCUCUGGACUUUGAGCAGGAAAUGGCCACCGCUGCCGCCUCCACAUCCCUGGAGAAGUCGUAUGAGUUGCCUGAUGGUCAGGUCAUUACCAUUGGCAAUGAGCGUUUCCGCUGCCCCGAGGCUCUGUUCCAGCCUUCGUUCUUGGGCAUGGAGUCGUCCGGUAUUCACGAGACUGUCUACAACUCAAUCAUGAAGUGCGAUGUGGAUAUUCGUAAGGAUCUGUAUGCCAACUCUGUGCUAUCCGGCGGUACCACCAUGUACCCAGGUAUUGCUGAUCGUAUGCAAAAGGAAAUCACCGCCCUGGCCCCAUCGACCAUUAAGAUCAAGAUCAUUGCACCACCUGAGAGAAAGUACUCCGUCUGGAUUGGUGGCUCCAUCUUGGCAUCGCUGUCCACCUUCCAGCAGAUGUGGAUCUCCAAGCAGGAGUACGAUGAGUCCGGUCCCGGCAUUGUGCACCGCAAGUGCUUUUAAAUCUUUCCCGCGUUGCGAAAGAUCAACAAAGACAAACACCACGUUAGCAAAGUCACAAACCA